AUGUAUCGUUCUCGCAACAAAAAACUCCUUCAUACAUUAUCAAACUCUCAAAACCCAACAUGGGGCUGUCCACAAUUUUACUAGCCCUCGUUUGUGUUUUAGGCUCUGCCCUUCUCCAAUCCACUCAUGCCCAAGACGCACCGCAAGACUACCUCACUGCCCACAACAUCGCUCGAGCAGCGGUUAACGUCGAGCCAUUGUCAUGGGAUGAGAAGCUGCAAGCCUAUGCGCAAGACUAUGCCAAUCAACACAUGGGCGACUGCAAUCUUGUCCACUCUGGUGGGCCCUACGGCGAAAACCUUGCCAUGAGCACCGCUGACUUGUCGGGCACGGAUGCCGUGAACAUGUGGGUGGCGGAGAAGGCCGACUAUAACUACGACUCUAACACUUGUGCCGAUGACAAGGUGUGUGGGCAUUAUACGCAGGUUGUUUGGCGUAACACAGCUCGUGUAGGGUGUGCAAAAGUGAGGUGCAACAGUGGAGGUACCUUCAUCGGGUGCAACUAUGAUCCGCCAGGCAACUAUGUUGGGGAGAAGCCUUACGAGCCUUACAACUCCUAUGCAAAAAUUCUACCAUGUGCCAGGUGCAUGGAUGCGCCAAUAAUAUUCACCAUUGGCAAUAAUGUUGAGUAGAAGUCUUACUAAACCAACUAUAUUUAUUCGUCUAAAAAAACAAACCAACUAUAUCUAUGAAGCUAUGUUAUCAAGAACAAAAUGAAUUAAGAAGUGAUGUUAGAUCAUCAAUUCAUUGAUCUUAUUCACCGGCAUGGUGGAUGCUAAACUUAAUGGAUAUUAAGGGUGAGUAUGGUCCGGCUCAGGCCGAUUUCUUAUAAAAUUAAAACUUGAAUUGAAAAUGAAGACCAAUUCGGUUU